AUAGGAUUAUGUACGUGUAUAAAACACUAUAGCGCAUACGAUUGAACUGUCAAAAUAUGACUUUAAAUAAAUAAAUUCCCUUCAGUGUGUUAUUGUGUGAAGCAAAGUGCAGUCAAACAAAAUAACUUCAUUUUUUCUUUCAAAUUACUUGAGCACACACACAUUUGGUGUUCAACGAAGAUUGGCAUUUACAAUCAUAAUAAAGUGAUAUAAAUGGUUGUAUAUUUUUGUGUUCGAUUUCGAAUGAGUGAAUUUUAAACCGGAGCAAAAAAUCGAAAACUGUGAAGCAUCGAAUCCGGUUUUUCCAAAUAAAGAUGAAUCCAGACGGUGAUGAUGAUUUUUUCUCCAAUUUGCCGAUCGACGAUUCGAAUUUGAUGUUAGUCGACGAUAUAUUGGAUAUAAUCAAAAAUGAACCAGAUUUGGAGAAAGCCGACAUGGAUCAAAUGCCAAUGGAUGCCAUGUCAAAUGGUUCAUAUGUGUCUGUAGCCAAUGAAGUGACUGACACAAUGAUCGAUCCCAAUGAUUUUUUCAACGAUAUCUACAAAAGUGAAGUGGAUUAUUCGUCGACAUUUUCAUCACCAUCGUAUCGAAGUACACCAUCACCGACGACCAGCAACAGUAGUCGCAGCAGUUCGGAUCAAUUGAGUGUCGAUUACAAUUCGGCCAAUUCAAAUCAAUCGGAGGCUUCGAUCAAUUUGUACAAUGCACAAAAUCAGUUUCAACCCAAUGCCACGCAAUUUAUGCAAACAAUCGCACAAAAUUAUGUGAAUUUGGAUACGCCGCCAAUUUCACCGCCCGUCGAUAAUGGACAGACACUGUCUUACAUUCAACCGACACCAGCAGCAGCUACAGCCACUCCAAUUGCACAACCAAUUCCAGUGCUCACCACCGCUGCAGAUGCAAACAAUCAGAUCAAUAUCAUCCAAGGCACUCUCAUACCCAUCACAGCCGUCUCUUUGUCCACACCACAGAAUGGCACCAACAUUUUGAGCACACACAAUUCGCAUGUGAAAAAAGUGAAAAUCCAACCAAAACCAUUGGCCAUCGCAACGAAACCGAAUCCAUCGGCAAAUAUUGUCGCAAAGCCAAUUGCCCAAGUGAAUGGCACAAAUCUUGCACCGAAAACCAUAUCGGCACCGAAACGGAUUGUCAUCUCGGGAAGUGAUUACAAAUCACUUGUGCUCAAAUGUAAAUCACAAAAGGCAGCUGCGGCGACGUCAGCGAUUGCACCAACGCCUGUUGCAUCUGUUCAAUCCAACGAAGCGAAUAUUUUGAAAUUCGUCACGGCAAACACAACCACAUUACCAAGCGUCAAUACACAAGCCCCAGCGAAGCUCAAUACACAGCCAUUGAUCACGAAUGGCCACGUCACAACCAAUGUUGCAAACAAUCGCAUCCAAAUUGCACCAAUCAACAACAGGAGCAACAGCAGCAGCAGCAGCAGCAACAUAAGUAGUAGCAGCAACAAGAAGCCAAAGCAAAAAUCACUGCAAGAUGAAAUCGACGAACGAACGUUCAAAAAACAAAUGCGCAUGAUAAAAAAUCGUGAAUCAGCCUGUUUGUCGCGGAAAAAGAAGAAAGAGUAUGUCAACACACUGGAAGCACGUCUGAUGGACUUGAACCAGGAGAACCAAGAGUUGAGAUCGGAGAAUAAUGCAUUAAAAGAGCGCCUUGGUCAGAUGGCGAGCAAGAUAUGUGACAUGUGUGGCAAUUUGAUGACAACGGACAAGAGUUCCAAAGCCAUGGAUACGAUGUCGGUGCUGAGAAGUGUGCCGAAGAAGAACGCAGCCUUUUUGUUGGCAUUCGUAUUUAUGGUGUCAUUGAAUGUGGGCCCAUACAUAUCACCGCGUGUCCCGAAUCUGGCCACCUAUCGACCGGGUGCUGAGAAUUCGUUGUCCGUGCCACAGCAUCACAUUGGUGCACGUGGUUUGCUUUGGAUUGAUGACGAUAAUGAGAGUACAAAUACGUCAAAUUUAGGCGACGACAGAUCGGAAUCGCAACGAUCGUAUCCGAUGUGCCCGGUGUCGGUGAAUCAAUCGGAGAGUAUACGAUUGGCCAGUGAAUUGCAGCGUUGGAUUGGUGACUUGCCGGAAUAUUUUAAUUUAACAAAAGUUUCAUCGAAAUCAAACGAUGAAUUGGAUCUCAGUAAAAUCAAUGAUUUUUUGCUAUCGGACAAAGAUAAUGCCGCGAUUAAAUCAUUUUACAAGCAAAUGAAAGAUGUACGUGAAUUGCAGAAAAGGGCCAAUGAAAUUGAUGCGAAUGAGAAGAAGAAACGUGAUCGGGUGUCGAUCAAACGUCGAUUAAGCGGUUAUGAUGCGACGAAGAGGACUGUAAUCGGUGUGAAUAAUGAGCAACAGCCCAGUGCUUCGCAUGUUCAAAUCUUUAGUCCGGCAUACAGUAAUGCCAUGAAGUAUGCAACAUUCUUUGAGGAAAUCCAUCGACAGGACGAUACCUUUUAUGUAGUAAGUUUUCGCGCUGAUCAUUUGCUAUUGCCCGCGCUGGCGCAUAACAAAACAUUCCGGCCGAAAAUGUCACUCAUGCUACCGGCUUGGAAUCUCAAUAACAACAAUAAUGCCUCGACCGAUGGCAUUGUAACACUCAUGCAAAUCGAUUGCGAAGUCUUGAACACCUCAAUGAUUCGCAUCAAAGAGAGUUCCAUCCCGGAAAAUCUACGAAAUCGAUCAUCGACCACAUCGACGUCAUCAUCAGCACGGAAUUCAGCCGAUUCCGUGGUCAACGACACAUUGAAACCACCACGCAAUUUAAAGGUCAGACAACGUCGACGUCCAAAUCCAACAAUGUCUGCACAAGAACCAUCGGUUGAUCCAGCCAAAAGCAAUAUCACCACCACCACAAAUAGCACCAACAUAAACAAUGGGUUCAAAAGCCCGGCUCUCGACGAAUAUGAUGACACCAAGAAAAUGACAGACACCGUGAAAAAUUACAAACCAUACUUUUUACGCAACAGAGCCGAACGCACACAAAAUAUUGGCAAUUGAGACAAUGAGCCCACAAUUUUAGAAACAUUGUUGGACUUUUUUUUCUAUUGUUUUCUUGAUCUUCUCUAGCGAAUUUAAGUCAUCGAAGAAAAAAAAUUCGUGUCAAUUUCUUAUUCUCUUUUAUAAAAUCUGUAAGAUAAUGUAUUACGUUAGAUAAUUUCGUUUUCUUUUCUGCUUCAACUCUCCGUUCUAUUGAACGUGAGCGUACAUUUUGAAGGCAUUUGUUUAAAUUUUUCUCUCUCUAAUUCUUACUUUUCAUUUUUGCAAAUGUUUUCAAACACAACGUUGUCUUUGUACUGGGCUACAUCGAUUUGAUGCACGAUUUGAAAAUAUUGAGAAAAAAACUGUAUGUAAAUUUUACACGAUAACCAUUUGUUCUUUGCUCAAGCAUUUAUAAUUUAUGAGAUAGUUUUUAGGCUAAAUUUCACAAUAGCAAGUAAGAUAUUUUAUGAAUUUAGAACUACGACUACAUCGACAAACAUGUUUUUUUUUUUAAAAACCAAAUCGAUUGCACACACAAAUGGGAGAUAUUUUUUUUUCUCUUUUCGGUCGGAUUAAUUGUUUGGCUAUAUUUUGAACUUGGGUUUUUUUUCUUGAAAUUUUUUAAUACCCAGUUGUUCUAACGCAAAAAAACACAAAACUAAACUAAAAUGUACAUUCGAUCAUUUUGAUGUUGCGUUAAACAUUUCAUGGUGGCUUUUAUUUUGGAACUUUUGAGUGAUACAGUUAAGAUUCACCUUUUUUGCUACGUUCGAUUUUACUUUUCCACAUGACCAUAUCGUGUAAGGAUUUUUUUUUCAAAUCCGAAAAUGGUUUGGUUUUGCACACAAACACACACUUUCCAAGUGAUCUAAUUGUAAUACGAAAAAAAUGUUUUAGGCUUGAAUUGAUUUUGAGUGAUUUGUAUUUCAUUAGAUUGUUGAACAAAUGAUGAAUUCGGAAGAAAAAUAAAAAUUUGAUGAAAAUUA